AUUCCUGGGAGAACACGUAGCACUGAAAAAAACACACACGAAAAUAUAUCACAAACAAGGUAAAGAUGCAUUCGAUGGGUAUUCACUCGGCACUGGCCAUUAAACGACAACGACGACGCAAAGAAGAUGCCAAGAAAUCGAGGGAGCGCCGAUACAGCAUACAAAGUUCCGAAAGUGGGGACACCUUACACUCGCCCAGAAGUUCAACCAGGCGAAAAUAUCGGCAGCAACAUGCAAAACACCAACCCACAUAUUCCGACACAAAGGUAGUUACUUCAAUAGGAAUGCUUCACAUAGGCGUGGUGUUUUUAGUUUUUGGUGUAUUUCUUGUGGGAGCUGGACUCAUUCCUGACGAUGCGACGGCAGUCUCUGCAUGGAGUAUCUUCCAGAAAGACUCUUGGUGGAACGAGCUUGUGUGUACCGGUUUGUUCGCCAUGGGCUUAGGAAUAUUCUUAAUUGUAUUAAAUGGCAUAAUAAGUAAAAAAGAAGAGGAAGACUUGGAAAGCUAUGUAGCGAGACAGUUGACACGCAGUCGCUCAGGACAUCGAUUGGAACGUGAUGUCGAGACAGGUGGACUACAAACGCGUCAUUAUCGGAAGGCAAAGGAGACCGAAAGGGGAGGCAGCAGCGCUAAUCGAUCUAGCGAAAAUUUAUCUCAAAGUAAUUACAAUAUAACGCCAACCACUAGCGAAAUGGUGACGCCAAGCACACCUGGAGAAUAUGGCGCAUCCGGAGAAAUGUUGCUUGAAAAAAUUUUAGAAGAGGAAGUUGUCUACAACGAUGAGCUCCAGAGUCAUCUUCAAUCACCAAUGACCUCAGAUAAUGAUAAACGGAUGCUGCUUCCACCGAAUGGACACUCCGUUCACGUAACUCACAUAUAA